AUGUGCGUUGCAUGCGCCAGUAGAUGGGAGGGAGCGGUUAUAAGGAGCAGCAGUAGCAGAAGCAAAAGGCGUUCCCUGGCCUUAGCAGCAGCAGCAACGCCGUUCAGCUUCCUAGACACUGUAGUGACUGCAGCAGCAGGAGCAGCAGCAGCAGCAGCAGCAGGAACGGCAGCAGCAACUGCAACAGCAGCAGCAGGGUACGCCGCCAGGGGCCUCACCAGUGACGGCCUUCUUUCGAGGAAGCGUCUUCCCCAGCUGCCCAAUGAAGCGGCAACUGCAGCAGUAGCUGCAGCGGGGUUGCUGCAGCAGACCCCGGGGCGCUGCUGCUGCAGCCUCUUCUUCCGCCUAAACAGCAGCAGCAGCAUGCAAGGAAAGCACCUGCAGCAGCAGCAGCAACAGCUGCUGUUGCAACAGCCCCACUUGCAGCAGCCCCACUUGCAGCAGCAACAGCUGCAACAGCAACAACUGCAACACCAACAACUGCAGCAGCCUCACUUGCAGCAGCCGCAUUUGCAGCAGCAGCUGCAGCACCAACAGCUGCAGCAGCAACACCUGCAGCAGCAGCAACUGCAACAGCAACCGCUGCAGCAGCAACACCUGCAGCACCAUCCCCUGCAGCAGCAACCUCUUCAGCAGCAGCAACAGCUGCACCAGCUGCAGCAGCAGCAUUACGUGCAGCAGCAGAUUGCCCCUUCCGCGCAUCAUCUGCAGCAUGGCCAGCAGCAACAGCAGCUGCAGCAGCAGCAAAUGCCGUUGCUGCAGCAGCGGCCGCUGCAGCUUCAUCAGCAGCACUUCCAGCAGCAGCACCAACUGCAUCACCACCAGCAGGAGCAGCAGCAGCUGCAGCAGCACCAGGAGCAGCAGCAGCUGCAGCAGCGGCGACAAAGCCAGCUGCAGCCUCGCCCUCUUGGAAGUUCAGCAGCAGGCGCUGCUGCUUCCCCGCUGACAGCAGCAGCAGCAACAGCAGCAAAGCCACCAACUGCAGUGCAGCCCUCUGCACCACUACGCAGCAGAAGCAACGGCAUGCCUGAUCAGCAGCAGCUGCUGCAGCAGCAGCAGCAAGCUGCUUCAAGCUUGUCACGACCUCCUUUCGGGGGCUCUCAUUCACCUGCUGCAGGCUUCGCUCCCGUUGCUGCUGCGCAUCAUGCAGCAGCAGCAGCAGCAGCAGCAGGCUCAGCUCCAGCAGCAGCAGCAGGGGAAUUCAAACCGCGGUGGCUUCCAAGCUACGCCGUAGCAGCAGCAGCUGCUGUAGAGGCCAGACAAGCUCUAGAGAGUAUAGUCGGUGCAGCAGCAGUUGCUGCUGCGCAUGCAGCAGCAGCAGCAGCAGCAGGCCCGAUUCAAGGCAGCAUCAAGCUGCCGGUGGUGCCGCAUUCAAAGGCGCAGCCGCUGCAGCAGCUGCUGGAAGAAAUUGAUUUUGCUGCUGCUGUGCUGCAGCAGCAGCAGCAGCAGUCGCAGCAGCUGUGGCUGAUGACGCCUCAGAGGAGUGCAGAGGCCUUGCGAGAAGAGCAGCAGCAGCAGCAGCAGCAGCUGAGACAGCUGCUGCAGAUCCGUUCGCUGGGGCAGACAAUUCUAUCUGGAAUUACAGGAGCAGCGGGCAGAUUUAUUGAUAGUGCAGCGACAAGCCCAGCAGCAGCAGCAGCAGCAGCAGCAGCAGCAGGCAAGCUGCCGCAGACCCUCCUCUCCCCGGACCUUAGCGGCAUUCCAUCCUUGCCCAGCAGCAGCAGCAGCAGCGGCAGCAGCAGCAGCAGCACACCGCAAGGAGGUUGCCCUACUGGCACGAGCAGCACAGGGCCUCCUGGCGUUUCUCCUUCGCUGCAGCAGCAACAGCAACAGCAGCAGCAGCAGCAGCAGCAGCAGCAGCAGGCAACCCAUCCGAAGCUCGGAGGUACAGCCAACGACAAAGCGUGGCAGCAGACAGGGCUAGCAGCUCCUAGUACUACAACUGGUACUGCUGCUGCUGCUGCUGCUGCUGCUGCCUCUCCGACUUUGCCGCAGGUGGCGCAGCUGUUUGCUGCUCCAGAGGACUUACCAGGGGUGCCUGCGCUGCUGCAGCUGCUCCGCUACACCUUUCCUGCUGCUGAGAAGCAGCACCAGUUGUCGCUGCUGCUGCAGCAGCAAGAACAGCUGCUGCAGCAGAUCCUCCCAGAGGAACAAGCUGUGAAGCAAACGGCCUCUGCACAGCAGCAGCCAACAGCAGGAGCAGCAGCAGCAGAUGCAGCAACAGGGCUGCCUUGGGGCUUCGCGGGCGGCCUAGCGCCGUCUCAGUUUGGUGCAGCAGCAGCAGCAGCAGCAGCAGCAGAAGCAACAGCAGCAGAUGACGGUAUAUCUCUCCCCGAGCCUUCUGUGAUUCCUCUACCACCUCAAGAAGGCCCUGCUGCUGCUGGCUGGGCUAAGGGGCAGCAGCAGCAGCUGCCGCUGCUGCUGCAGCUGCGGCAGCAGAGACCUAAUCCAGCACCCAACUUCAGGCUGCUGUCGCAGCGCUCACAGCAGCAGCAGCAGCGGCGGCUGCUGCGGUGGAGUAAACGGCAGCAACGGCAGCGACUGCAGCAGCAGCAGCAGCAGCAACCGCAACAGCAUGAAGCAGCAGCAGCAGAAUGGAGAACAGCUCUAGAAGACCCCGUGCUGCUGCCGCCUUCAAUGCACUUGCUGCCGCAGCACCGACGUUUGUGUGUCUUGUCUCUGGACCUUGCUGCUUCUUGCGGCAGCGCAGCAGCAGAUGCCCUAGAACGACACCUAGCUGCUGCUGCUGCUGCUGCUGCUGAAGGGGGGUGCUCUGCAAAGACUGGGCACCGAAGCGAGGCCUCUCAAGGGGCUGGAAAGGGCGGCGAAGCAGCAGCAGCAGCAGCAACAGCACCUGCAGUUUCUGCUGCUACUGCUGCUGCUGGCGUCCCUUCGGAGGGAGAAGGAGGAGCCGCUGGAACAAGCAGCAGCAGAAGCAGCAGCAGCAGCAGCAGCAGCAGCUUGCUUCCUCCAGCGGAAGAUGUGGUUUGGGAUAUCUGCGACUCAGGCGUCGCUUUAAAAGGCCUGGCAGCUAGCUGGCUAGCUGAGCAUGAUAUACCUCACGUCGUGCAGCUGUCUGGGUUGCAGCAGCAGCAGCAGCAGCAGCAGCGGCAGCAGCAGCAGCCACUGCACGGCCCCCGCACCGCAGCGCGUUCGAACCCCUGCAGCAGCAGCAGCAGCAGCAGCAACAGUUCUGCUGCUGCUGCUGCAGCAGCAGAUAUGGACGGGCAGCACACCCUCAAUGUGCUGGAGCUGCUGCAGAAAAGUUUGCUGCAGCAGCUUGCGACCGCGCAGCAGCGGGAGGCGGAUUUCACUUUGCUGCUGCAGCUGAUGCAGCAAGCGAGGAAGCAGCAGCAGCAGCAGCAGCAGCAGCAGCAGCAGCAGCGGCUCGCCUUGCAGCAAGAGCAUCAGCAACGGCCUCCCUUGGCAGCAGCAACAGCGGCCGACAGCACAGCAAACAGCAACAGCAGCAACAGCAGCAGCAGCAGCAGUAGCAAUAGCAAGAGCUCCACAGAUGGCUUGAGCAGCACACAUGACGCUGCAGUUGCUGCUGCUUCUGCUUCUGCUUCUGCUGCUGCUGCUGGGGACGGAAAGAAGGUCCCUUGGCAGGAGGAACAGCAGCAGGGGCAGGAGCAGCAGCAGCAGCAGCAGCAGAGGCUGGUAUCUCUCGCUAGCUCGCUGCAGCAGCAGCUGCACUGCGUGCUGGAAAUAACAGCAACAGACUGCAGCAGCGGACGCCAGCUUUUGGAUCGGCUGCUGUGGUGUCUUGAUGCGAGCGAUGCUGCGGUGUAUGCGCAGGUGCAGCAGCUGAGUGAGGAGCUGCUGCUGCCGCCUAGGCUUGCUGCUGUCUACUUCCUUGCUUUGCUGCGACAAAUCUGCUGCAGCAGGCAAGCACUUGUGCUGCAGCAUCAGCAGCAACUGAAAGAAGCCCACGAGGCAUGGGGACUGGCGCCGCCGUUCUGCUGCAGAGGUGCAGCAGCAGCACCACCACCAGCAGCAGCAGCAGUACCGUCAAAUGCUGCUGCUGCUGCUGCUCCUGCUGCAACCAGCAACUCAGGAGCAACGGGGCAGCAGGAUACGCAGCGGGCUGACACCGGUGCUGCUGCAGCAGAUGCUUCUGCUGCAGCAGCAACGACUAACGGCUGUACAAACAGCAGUAGUACUAUGGGUAUGGAUAUGGGUACCAGCAGCGCAGCAACAGCAGCAGGGAUGCAACAGGAAACGCAGGAGCAGCAGCAGCAGCAGCAGCAGCAGCAGCAGCAGCGAGGCCGCCGCAGCAUCUUGCGUGGUUGGGUGGAUGGCGUAAGGCGCCACCGGGGUUUUUUUAUAUACAGUCCCGAGGGAGCGGAGUCGCUGCUCUCCCCGUGGACAGAUUUCGUCAAGCGAGUUGAGAGGACCUGCGCAAGCAGACCAAGGCCUCUGCUGCUGCGCUGCAGCAGCAGCAGCAGCAGCAGCAGCAGCAGCAGCAGCAGUGACAGUGACAGUGACAGUGACAGUGGCAGUGACAACGAAGGGGAAGCAAACCACCGCUUCAGAUUUAGGGGCCGCAAUCACAGCAGCAGCAGCAGCAGCAGCAGCAGCAGCAGUAGCAGCAGCAGUAGCAGCAGCAGCAGCAGUAGCAGUAGUAGUGGCACAAGCAUAUUGUCACGACUCGAUAAGGAUACCUCUCGUCUUAUUUUGUCUUGCUGCGCUGCUGCUGCUGCUAGGCGGCGGCUUGCUGCUGCUGAGGCUGUCUCCCAGUUUGUGUGGAGGCCAAGAGGCAGCACGCGCUCAGCAGCAGCAGCAGCAACAGCAGCAGCAGCUGGUGCUGCUGCUGCUGGACAUGCCUGGGGGGCUCCUCCUGCUGCUGAGUCAUUUGACGCAGCGGCAGACGGGCCAGAGCACUGCAACAUUCCGCUGCAGCAGCUGCAGCAGCAGCAGCAGCAGCAGCAGCAGCAACAGUGGGGCCCCACACUCACCUGGACCCCGGGGACGCAGCAGUGGCAUAGGCGGCUCCCGCCACCCAAACGAAAACGGCGCUAG